GUCUUGGCCUUGAUCGUCUUCUCCUGCAUCUUCGGCGAGGGCUACAGCAACACUCACAAUACUGAUCAGUUACACUGUGUGUUCAACAAGAAUGAGGAUGCUUGCCGCUACGGCAGUGCCAUCGGGGUGCUGGCCUUCCUGGCCUCAGCCUUCUUCCUUGUGGUUGAUGCCCUUUUCUCCCAGAUAAGCAAUGCGACCGAUCGCAAGUACCUGGUCAUUGGUGACCUGCUCUUCUCAGCUCUCUGGACUUUCCUGUGGUUCGUUGGUUUCUGCUUCCUGACCAACCAGUGGGCAGCCACUAAAGCUGAGGAUGUGUUGGUGGGAGCGGACUCAGCACGGGCCGCCAUCACCUUCAGCUUCUUCUCCAUCUUUUCCUGGGGUGUGCUGGCUUUCCUGGCCUACCAGCGCUACAAGGCUGGAGUGGAUGCCUUCAUUGAGAACUACGUUGACCCCACCCCAGACCCUAACACAGCCUACGCCUCCUACCCCAGUUCCUCGGUGGAAAACUACCAGCAGCCACCCUUCACCCAGAAUGUGGAGACCACUGAGGGCUACCAGCCUCCCCCUGUGUACUGAGCAGCCCAGGGCCACUCCUCUCCCCUGGACUUCUCUCUGGAGGUUUGCUGCCUGGAACUGCAGUCCCUUGCCUGUUACAGUUGACAGCCAAAGAGCCCAUUUCUGCAUCCUAGCUGCAGCCUGGCAAAGCACACCUGAAGUGCCUGUGCCCAAGGGGUUUCACCGCUGCCCACCCAAUCCUCCAGGGCAUUUUUUAGGAAAGGGUUUUUCACUAAGAUCUUCUCUCUCGCUGCCAGCCCCCAGUACUGGGGAUGGUGCCCAGGGCCUUGAAUUUGCUUAACCAGUGCCACCACUGAACUGUGUGCUCAGCUCAUACUGCUUUUGAUAACCCAGAACCCCAUCUCAGCCAGAACCAGGUGCCUGCUUUUGACAAAUGCCAUAGUUUCUCCUCAGCUGGAAGGCUGAGCUCAGCUUGAGGCCACCGGAGUCCCAACUGUCUUUUUUCCUUCCAAAGACAAGGUUGGGGAUUCAUGCACCUAUCUCCUUGGAGUGCUGGGCCUAGGCUACUCACUCCCUCACUCAGGUUCACUACCCAGCUCUGGCUGGCCUCUAUGCUCACUGCCGUCUUCAGGGGUCACCACUGUGCCAACUGUCCCCAGACUGCUUGCCUGACAGCUGUGGAGCAGGUAGGGGACUGGCUAUCUCUCUCUUCUUGCUCCUGCCCCUGGCAGGAGGGAGCUUAGCCUGGAGAGAACACCCAGCUUUAUGUAAAUAUUCCCCAGCAGCUAUUAGAUACAAAUGAGGAGGGCAGGAACCCCUGCACUGAAUGUAUUGGAGACUUGGUGGGGACACCCCUGCCCUCAGGUUCUGUAGACUAGUUGGGAGAUGGAAUAAAUGGUUUUUUUUUUUUUUU